CCCAUUGGGCCACUUGUAUUAAAUGUGUUACCAUGACACUGUUAUGUAUAGGCUACGUCAACACCCAGACCCCCUAGGAUUACAAUAAAAGUGUGUGCGAUCAUACAUGCUUUACCUGAGAUACACCCUCCAACGUGUACAUGUGUGACAAAGUAAACUGGUUAAUACAGAACACCGACGACAAAUGUUUAACCCUUAACACUGCUCUACAUACACCUCGCGUCUAGAUGUAGAAUAUCAUAUUAGCAGCUUACACUGACGGGGCGAGGAUGACUUUAUUAAGGACCACAUGCCUCCUGUUGACAAUUGUAGCCUGUUUACAUGGACUCCCUAAUAGAAGCACAGACUGGAAUAAAAUGGCAAGAGACAGUUUAGAUGAAGCUCUGAAGUUGAAACAGAUCAAUAAAGUUGCUAAAAAUGUUAUACUGUUUAUUGGCGAUGGACUUGGCCUUUCAACGGUAACGGCUUCUAGGAUCCUCAAAGGUCAAAAGAUGGGUAAUCCUGGAGAGGAAACAGUCCUUGAGUUCGAGAAAUUUCCUUAUGUAGCUCUCUCUAAGGUGUACGGCUCUGAUAAGAUGGUGCCGGACUCGGCAGCCACAGCCAGCGCCCUGAUGUGUGGGGAGAAAACAAACUGGUACCUUGUCGGAACCCGGGAUCCGGUAUCCAUCUCCGACUGUGUCGCCUCUAAAGCUGAGAACAUGAAAAUGACGUGCAUUCUCGACCAUUUUAUAGCUGACGGUCGGUCUACAGGGGUAGUGACAUCUGCCCGUGUGACUCACGCCACGCCUGCUUCUGCUUAUGCACAUACACCCAACAGAGAUUGGGAGGGGGACGUCCAAACAGUCGGUAUCCCCGGGGACUGUAAGGAUAUCGCCUACCAACUCAUAUACGACAACAACAACAUCAACGUUGUACUUGGCGGAGGACGUCGGUCAUUCUUACCUAAUACAACGGUGGAUCCAGAGACAGGCACCGUCGACAAGCGACAGCGUCAGGACGGGCAUGAUCUUAUACAGAUAUGGAAAGACAUACAGCGUACCAAGGGCCGAAAGUAUGACUACGUCUGGAACAAAGGUCAAUUUGAUAACAUCAACCCCUCGGACGUUGACUACCUACUAGGGUUGUUUGGAUCUAGCCAUAUGCAGUACGUACUAGAUCGCGAUCCCUCAGAUGCUGGUGAACCAACCCUGGCAGAACUUACAGAAAAAGCAAUUAACAUACUGAAGAAAAACACUAAAGGGUACUUCCUGAUGGUAGAAGGUGCCCGUAUAGACCACGCCCACCAUGACACCUUGGCGAGAUACGCUUUAGAGGAAUCGCUGGCCCUGGAGGCGGCACUCAAACAGGCAGCGGAUAUGACAUCUGAAGAGGACACCCUUAUUAUCUUCACAGCUGACCAUUCCCACGUGUUUAACAUCGGGGGCUACACACAGAGAGGUGAUCCUAUCUUCGGCAUAUCUCACCCGCAGUCCGAUGAGCCGCCUCUCGAUGGUCUCCCAUACACUAUACUGAACUAUGGUAACGGUCCGAAUAGAGCCCUCAACGGAUCCAGGGUCAAUCUCACCGGCGUGGACACAGGUGCAAGACACUACAUUCCUGAGAGUGCUAUACCCCUGGCCUACGAGACCCAUUCUGCAGAAGAUGUUGGGAUAUAUGCUCGUGGUCCUAUGGCACACCUUUUGCACGGCGUCAAGGAGCAGCAUUACGUUGCGCACAUGAUGCAGUACGCAGCGUGCGUCGGCGACUUCAGAAACUGUGUUCGUGACGAUGUGAAUAACGGACGACAACUCAUGCCAAGUCUCUGGGUUAUCUUCUUUACGAUGUGUUUGAAAUAUCUAACCAACGUUUGAUGAUAAUUUCUGUCGGGAGAUAUAUCUUAUAUAGUCCCAAUAUAGCGCGUGUAUUAAACACGAAAUUAAUUCCAUUUACGUGUCACCAUAUCAAAGGGUUUAACAAAAAUAUAUGAUUAGUUUUAGAAUCCCUUUUCCACUGCACUCUAUUUAUCGUAUAUACGGUAACCUCCCUUUAGUUUCGGUUUUGGAUAUCACUGUAGCACGGUUGGGCAAGAGCACUUCCGUUGACCAGUUAGCCCAGUCGGUUUAACCGAUAAUGCAAUAAAAUGAGGUCAAGGAUUCGAAUUUUGAUCUGCGUUUUAACAAUCA